AGAAGAAGGCUGUGUUUUCUGGCUUCAAAGACUAGACCCUGAUCGCAGUGCUGAGAGCUGCCCGGGCUCGAUAGACCGCCUUGCUUUAGGAUUUCUACUGGCUGCAGACUGUGUGGGAAUCACCCAGAGAGACCCUCCAGCCACGCAAUGGCAGUGACCUUUGAGGAUGUGGCUGUGACCUUCACCAGGGAGGAGUGGGCUUUACUGGAUCCAUCCCAAAAGAAGCUCUACAGAGAUGUGAUGUGGGAAAACUUUAGGAAUGCAGCUGCUAUAGGAAGAAAUUGGGAUGACCACCAAAUUGAAGAUGACUAUAACAAUUACAAGAAAAAUCUAAGAAAUGAAGAGGUAAAAAAAUGCCAUCAAUAUAAAUUAUUUGAUCAACACAGAGAAAUGGAUUUUAUGACUUCUGAUACUAAUGUGCAUUUGAAACUGCUCAGUGCAAAACCAGGUGAAAGCCUUGCUUGUGGAAAGCUUCUGAUUGGUCAUUCAUCACCAACUGUGCCCAUCAUAGAUAACCCUGGGCUCAAUUCAUAUGAGUAUCAUAGAUUUGAACAGAAGCUGUCUAACUGUAACAGAAAUGGGAAAGCCUGCACUGACUUUCAGUCAUUUCAGAAGAAUACAAAGGCAAAUCCUGGAAUGAAACCAUAUGAAUGUAAAGAAAACGAAAAAUCCUACUCUGAUUGGACUGAAGAAACUAGGCUUGAAGAGAAGCCCCUUUUAUAUAGGAAGGAUAUGAAAGCUUUCCAUGCACUCAGCUAUGUUCAAAUCCAGGAAAGAAAUAACAGCACAGUGAAUACAUAUAUAUGUGUACAAUGUGGGAAAGGUUUUACUUCUCACAGUGAUAUUCAGAAACAUGAAAGAGCUCACAGAGAAAAAGCCAACUUAUAUAAACACUGUGGGAAAUCUCUCACAGGUAGCACUUCAUUUGAUAAUCAUGUAAGUACCCACAUUGGGGAAAAAUCCUAUGUGUGUAAACAGUGUGGGAAAGCUUUCAGCCAAUACAGUUAUUAUCAAAUUCAUGAACGAGCUCACAGUGGUGAAAAACCCUAUGUAUGUAAGCAAUGUGGGAAAGCUUUCAACGCACGUAGUGAUUGUCAGAAACAUGAAAGAACUCACACUGGGGAGAAACCCUAUGUAUGUAAGCAAUGUGGGAAGGCUUUCACUUCUCACUGUUCUUGUGAAAGACAUAAACGAACACACACUGGGGAGAAGCCCUAUGUAUGUAAGCAGUGUGGGAAAGCUUUCAGCACAAAUAGUCAUUGUCGAACACAUGAAAGAAUUCACACUGGGGAGAAACCCUAUGUAUGUAUGCAAUGUGGGAAAGCUUUCAGUCAACACAGUCAUUGUCAAAUUCAUGAACGAACUCACACUGGUGAAAAACCCUAUGUAUGUAAGCAAUGUGGGAAAGCUUUCAGCACACGUGGUGAUUGUCAAAAACAUGAAAGAACUCACACUGGGGAGAAACCGUAUGUAUGUAAGCAAUGUGGGAAAGCUUUCACUUCUCACUGUUCUUGUGAAAGACAUAAACGAACUCACACUGGUGAGAAACCCUAUGUAUGUGAGCAAUGUGGAAAAGCUUUCAGCACAAACAGUCAUUGUCGAACACAUGAAAGAAUUCACACUGGUGAAAAACCCUAUGUAUGUAAACAGUGUGGGAAAGCUUUCAGCACACAAGGUGAUUGUCAAAAACAUGAAAGAACUCACACUGGGGAGAAACCCUAUGUAUGUAAGCAAUGUGGGAAAGCUUUCAGUCAACACACUCAUUGUCGAAUACAUGAAAGAACACAUACUGGUGAGAAGCCCUAUGUAUGUAAGCAAUGUGGGAAAUGUGGGAAAGUUUUCAGUACACAGAGUUAUUGUAAAAUACAUGAAAGGAUUCAAACUGGAGAGAAACCCUAUGUAUGUAAGCAGUGUGGGAAAGCUUUCAGCACACAUAGUGUUUGUCGAAUACAUGAAAGAAGUCACACUGGAGAGAAACCCUAUAUAUGUAAGCAAUGUGGGAAAGCUUUCAGCACACAGGGUUAUUGUAAAAUACAUGAAAGGACUCACACUGGGGAGAAACCCUAUGUAUGUAAGCAGUGUGGAAAAGCUUUCAAAACACGUGUUGAUUGUCAAAGACAUGAAAGGAGUCACACUGGGGAGAAACCCUAUGUGUGUAAGAAAUGUGGGAAAAGUUUCAGCACACACAAAAAUUGCAAAAUACAUGAAAGAAGUCACACUGGGGAAAAACCUUAUGUAUGUAAGCAAUGUGGGAAAGCUUUCAGUACAUUGUAUUAUUGUAAAAUACAUGAAAGAAAUCACAAUGGGGAGAAACCCUAUGUAUGUAAGCAAUGUGGGAAAGCUUUCAGCACCAACAGUCAUUGUCGAAUACAUGAAAGAUCUCACACUGGGGAGAAACCCUAUGUAUGUAAACAAUGUGGGAAAGCUUUCAGCACACAUAGUGUUUGUCAAGUACAUGAAAGAACUCACACUGGGGAGAAACCAUAUGCAUGUAAGCAGUGUGGGAAAGCUUUCAGCAGAAACAGUCAUUGUCGAACACAUGAAAGAAUUCACAUGGAAGAGAAACUCUAUGUAUGUAAGCAAUGUGGGAGAACUUUUAGGACAUGUGAUGGUAUUCAAAUUCAUGAAAGAACUCACACUGGGGAGAAACCCUAUAAACCCUAUGUAUGUAAGCAAUGUGGGAAAGCUUUCAGAUGGCACAAUGAAUUGGUGAGGCAUAAAGGGAUUCACACUGGAGAGAAACCCUAUGUAUGUAAGCAAUGUGGGAAGGCUUUUAGUACACAGCGUUAUUGUAAAAUACAUGAAAGAACUCACACUGGGGAGAAACCCUAUGUAUGUAAGCAAUGUGGAAAAGCUUUCAGCACACAUAGUGUUUGUCGAGUACAUGAAAGAAGUCAUACUGGGGAGAAACCCUAUGUAUGUAAGCAAUGUGGGAAAGCUUUCAGUACACAGAGUUAUUGUAAAAUACAUGAAAGAACUCACACAGGGGAGAAACCCUAUGUAUGUAAGCAAUGUGGAAAAGCUUUCAACACAUGUGUUGAUUAUCAAAGACAUGAAAGGAGUCACACUGGGGAGAAACCCUAUGUGUGUAAGCAAUGUGGGAAAGCUUUCAGUGAACACAAAAAUUGUCAAAGACAUGAGCGAACUCACACUGGGGAGAAACCUUAUGUAUGUAAGCAAUGUGGGAAAGCUUUCAGUACACCAGAUUAUUGUAAAAUACAUGAAAGAAGUCACACUGUGGAGAAACCCUAUGUGUGUAAGCAAUGUGGGAAAGCUUUCAGUACCCCAGAUUACUGUAAAAUACAUGAAAGAAAUCACACUGGGGAAAAACCAUAUGUAUGUAAACAGUGUGGGAAAACUUUCACUUUCAACACAAACAGUCACUGUCAAAUACAUGAAAGAACUCACACUGGGGAGAAACCCUAUGUAUGUAAGCAAUGUGGGAAAGCUUUCAGGACAAGCGGUGGUAUUCAAAAACAUAAAAGAAGUCACACUGGGGAGAAACCCUAUGCAUGUAAGCAAUGUGGGAAAGCUUUCAGAUGCCACAAUGAAUGUAAAACACAUGAAAGAAUUCACACGGGGGAGAAACCUUAUAUAUGUAAACUAUGUGGGAAAGCUUUUAGAUGGCUCCGUGACUGUCAAAGACAUGAAAGAAAUCACACUGGGGAGAAAACCUAUGUAUGUAAUCAAUGUGGGAAAGCUUUCAGCAGAAACAGUCAUUGCCGAAUACAUGAAAGAUCUCACACUGGGGAGAAACCCUAUACAUGUGAGCAAUGUGGGAAAGCUUUCAGCACACGUGAUUAUUGUCGAGUACAUGAAAGAAGUCACACUGGUGAAAAACCCUAUGCAUGUAAGCAAUGUGGAAAAGGAUUUGCUACUAAGUCUUCAUUACAUAGACAUAAAAAAACUCAUGAAGAGAAGCCCUGUGUAUGUAAGCAAUGUGGAAGUACCUUAAGUACACAUGCAUAUUGUCAAGUAUAUGAAUGUAUAUAUUUCAUGUCAAAUGUAUGGAAGUCUCACCAGAAAGAAACUAUAUAUCUAAGCCUAUUUUGAAAAUCCUAUGAAAAUUUCUCAUGUAGUAGGAACCUAUAGAAAUAAUACAAAAUAUCUGAUGUCAGUAUUUCUUCAUAAAUUUUCAAAAGAAUAUAAAUUCUUGAUGGAGAUAUCAGAAAGUAUAUACAUUAUGUGGUUUUCAGUAAAUCACUUAUUUAUAGAUACAUAGGUUAUUUAUAUGUAAUAUUUAAUAUAAAAAUAUUGAAUUGACAUAAGGUGUUUUAUGUGAAUGAGCUCAAAUAUAGUGUCCUAAUUAAGCAUGGUGGAUUAAAAUAUUUUUUUACUUUCAAGUACAA